AUGGAGGAAGGCCGAGUGUGCUUGGAUAUACUGGCGCUGAGCUACGAGGACUUACCCCGUCACCUAAAGUGUUGUUUCCUUUAUUUCAGUUCUCUUCCAGAGGACCUCGAGAUUGAAGUCGACAAGCUGAUCAGAUUAUGGAUCGCGGAGGGGUUCGUCGAGCAAAGAGAAGGUGAAACACUGGAAGAAACUGCAGGGGAUUACCUAGAAAAGCUCGUCCAGAGGUCCAUGGUGAUACCUGUGCGAGAUGUUGACGAAUGGGGAUUGCGAGAAGUUAAGGAAAGAUGCCGGAUCCAUGAUGUGCUGCACGAUUUUACCAUUACAAAGGCUAAGGAGGUGGGCUUCCUCGUCUGUCACCGGAUCCGAGACGACGGAGGCGCCUCCCCACUGGAUUCGUCCGUGCGGCGUCUUUCUCUUCAGGGGAAUAAAGCGUCGUACUGGGACUCGAAGUCCACCCCAAGACUGCGCACCUUGCUGUCCUUCGGAUUCGAUGCCGAAUCUGAUAUAAAGAGAACCUUCCCCCCUUUUCCAGAUCUGAAACUGCUGAGAGUCGUCGAUCUGGAGAGGGCACCAAUCUUCGAACUGCCAGAACAAGUUGGAGACCUGAUCCAUCUUCGAUACUUGGGCUUGAAAGAUACAGAUAUAGAGAGUCUUCCGUCUUCAGUGGGGAAACUUCGUCAUCUACAGUGCUUGGACGUAGAAGGGACGCGGAUCAGAACGAUGCCCAGAGGUUUCUGGAAGAUCGAAGCCUUAAGGCAAGUCAUCGUUCCCGAGAAAGUGGAGCCGGAGAUGCUGGUGGCAGGCCUAAGCAACUUGCAGGUGCUCAAGAAGGUCCGGGCCGGGAGGUGGAUAGAUAGCUGCCUAGGGAGCCUUACCAGUCUCCGGAAGCUGGAAAUAAGAGGCAUCAAAGACUGUCAUCAUCCCGCGCUGUCAUCUUGGCUACCGGAGUUGCGACACCUGAAGAAGUUGUGCUUACUAGGCGAGUCCGUCCCAGAGUUUCUAUGGACAACAUCAUCCAGCUUUUCUUCCCUUCAAGUCUUAUCGCUGCUAGGGAGAGUGAGGAGGCCACCACAACAAUCAAGUUCUGGCGGCGACCAGUGGCCCCCCAAUCUCACCAAAGUCACACUACGGGGGACCAGUCUGGGUCAAGACUCGAUUGCGGCGCUCGAGAAGCUCCCUGAACUUACAUAUCUGUGUCUUCGUUGGUCCUACGAAGGGAACGAGAUGAUCUGCUCCCCCGGCGGGUUCCCGAAACUGGAGUCCCUCGUACUUAAUUCACUGAAGAAGUUAGAGAGGUGGGUAAUUGAGGCCGGGGCCAUGCCCCGCCUGAGGAGCUUGGAGAUCUACGGCUGCACAAAGUUGGCGAUGCUUCCGGAAGGGUUGCAACAGAUGGCUGCAUUGAAGGAGCUCGUUUUGUGGAAUACGUCCCCUGAAAUCCGUUCAAGAGGCGAAAAGGAGGGAGAAGACUGGCCCAAAAUCCAACACAUACCUUCAGUCAACAUUAUACCGAAGUGA